AUGUUGCCCAUAACGCGGCGAGGUGUAUUAUUUUCCACCCCGCUGUUGAGGCAGAAGUUCAUUCCGACUCAGAAACUGCAUUCUCCGGAGGAAGAACAAGAAGUGAAACCGCGUCCUCAUGCGCGAAGGGAGGUUUGGGAAUUCACACCAACACCAGAGCACAAAAGUCUCGUGUUGCUUCUCUACCGCAACAUUAUUAAGGGGCUUAUGGACUUCAAAAGUGUUCGCCGUCGCAGCCUCAUCGCCUACUGCCGCUUUGCUUUCCGCCGACGAGCGACCGCCACGGAAAAGUUACUUAUCGACGAGUGUAUUGAAGAGGCCCGGCGUGCGAUAUAUGUGCUUGAGAAGCACCAUAACUUUACCCGGACACACACGUACGAGUACGACAGCAUGGGCAUCCCACGCGAUACCGGACAAGACGUGGCAACAUAUAUGGAGGAAGUUUACGACCCCGAGUUAAGUCGGCAGCAGUUUCAACAUUUUCAGGACGUGCAACCGGGACGGGAGUACCUUCACCAACAACGUGGUUUGGGACCAACUAGUGGACGCCAUCACUGGCAGCAGCAGCGCAGCUCAGCAGAGUAUCGUGUGGAAAUACGGGAGGAAGACAAAGCCAUGCGCCCGCCUCCCCCACCUUCAGGAGAGGAGUAA